AUGGACUCAAAGUCAAACAUGCCAUACAUCGUACGUACGAUUGAGAGCCAUCCUAUAUACGGAAACGCUACAAAGGAUUUGUAUCUCUCCAACUACAAGGAAGUUGAAGGCAUCAAAUUCCCCCACUUUAUCCAAACCAUCUACAACUCGACCACGCAGCGUCUUAGCGCGGUUCUAGAAGACUUUCUUAUCGAAGAAAUCACUCUUAAUCCGGACUUUCCCGCUGGCUACUUCGACGGCAUUCCUGAAAACCAGAGUUUGGGUCCAAAGACAUCACCUGCCAAGUCUUCCAUUUUCGCCAACGGCCUUGUGACUGAUUACAGCUCGAGCAUGCUCGGAUCUGGUGUCGCUCCACAACCUUUGAAGGUCGUUAGAACGGAAAAUUCAGUUCGCGGUCUUUCUCAAGUUCACUGGCUUGUUCUCAACGACAGGGAUGAACUUGGAUUCAAGAUGGUCAUUAUUGAGUUUGAGAAAGAAGUGAUUCUUUGCGAUGCCCCACCUGGAUGGAGUGAUACCAUCAUGAAAUGGGUAUCGGAUAAUCUCAAGAAACCAAUCACCUUUGUUGCGCCUUCACACCAUCAUCGUGACCACUCUGGUGGAGUUCCCGACUUUGUCAAAGCUGGUGUCAAGUUGAUCAUCCCCGAGAUCGCUGUAAAGUAUUGGUCUAGUGUUCCUGGUGCUGAGUUUGUCACAUUCAAUGAAACCCAUCCGUAUAUGCAUAACGACGACAAGAUCGCGGCCUGGUUCAACUGGGAGGAUCAGCCGUCGCAUGCUUCUGAUUGGACAUACGUCGUUGUCACGGAGAGAUGUGCUUCUGCCGACUCGCCAGUGGUGGCAUUUGAAGCCGAUUCUUGGGAGGCUGGGCUCGACGCCGAGCUUUCAAGCCAGAGUCAGAUGAGACAGUGGUUAGACCAGAUUGUCUCGGAUGGUUUACCUCGACAUACAAUAGUCUUUCCUUCUCAUGGGAAGAUUACUCCAUUAGAGCAACUGCUUGAGAUUACUGCCUACCCGUAUCCCAACUUUGAUGUUACAAAUUGGAGAGGUGGUGCAGCAAUUUGCGGCAAGUAA